UCCUCCUUGGACUACUUAUUUGCAGAUCCAUCGGUGGCAUGCAUACCUCUCCGUCUUCGUCUUCUAUCCGGCAACAGUUAUGUAUCGCUUCGUAAAGAUUGCCUGACUCGCCAUCGUUCUACGUCACAGGGCAUGUGGUAGUCCUCGCACGGUUACUGCGUGGGCGGCAGUGGAGGGACUGGUGUAUCCCUGUAGCCCGAAGAAAAUGCUCCAUUUCGAAAAGAAAACAAAGAAUGGUUCGAGUGCAUUGACAGACAAUGAUCGAACAAGAUGCUCUAUGGGAAUCUCCCUAAAAUGUCCCGAAGGAUAUCCCUUCCACGCUUCCACCAUGCGAAUAUAAAGACCACGGGAACGUGCAAAUCGUGACUCUCCCAUCUUCGACCGUGAAAUCGCCGGUUAACAACAAUGGCCGACGUGGAUAUGACCACCAUUCACCUCAUCGACACUGAAGAUAGGGUUAGUAGCCUUGUCGAUGUGAUCAACGCACAUCGCUUCGAGCCACUCUACAUCGAUCUGAAAGGUGUCAAUCUCUCCCGCGGAGUGGAUCUCCAGACCCUCGGCGCCCGGGCCUUCUCGACGACCGCGAGUUCCCGUUUCUACGACACCACUAGCCUCCAGACCAUUCUCGAGUCACCCGAAACCCCCAAGGUCUUCUUCGAGGUGUGGGAUGGCUCGGACGCGCUGUUCAACCAGUUCCAGAUCCUCCUCCAGGGCGUCGACGACCUCCAGCUGGUGCAGCACGCCGCCUCGGGUGGGUGGCUGCGCGGCAACGGUCGGGUGAUCAACCUCGCGACGUGCAUCAAGAACGACGCCGGGCUGACCGAGCCCGAGGCGCGCCGCUGGCGGGCCGAGAAAGAACGCGGCCGCUCCGGCUACUUCUACAUCGGCCGCGACGGCGACGACCACAUCCUGCGUCGCCGGCCGCUGGACGACGACUUCCUGAACUACUGCGCGGCAGAUGUCGCGUACUUCCCUAAGCUCCGCCGCCGGUAUUCGCGCCCGCUGGACGUGUUCUGGACGUGGAUGGUGGAGCGGGCGGCGCAAGCCCGGGUCGCUGAGUCCCAGGAGCCCGGGUUUCGGACUCACGGUGGCUGGCGCGGUCGGAUCCUCGGGCCCUGGGAUGGGCAUCGGGUGCAGGCUCUGCGGAAGAAGUUCGUCGAAGAGACUGGGGAAGAUUACGGGUUUGAGAAGGGGUGGGCGGUUGCUUGCAAGAAUUGGCGACAAUGACUGAUGAGCAUACGGUCUGACCCUUUCUUGCGGUGAGGUUUAUUUGAGUUGUUCCUUUCCACCAAAUGAAUGACUAUCAAAAUCAACAUAUUGCUCUAUAACCCUUUUUUCCCAUGCCUUUCAUGUUAUGUAAAUGUAGUUCUUCGGUGACUAGCCACCACACCUCUGUUCGGCUGCCAUGAUUUAGCACCCUGCCUCUCUCCGAAGACAUUCUCCAAUACUUCUCCUCAUAUCAAAAUCUUUGUGGUAAUCA